ACUAGUAGAUCUUAUUGCGCCCGCUAUUAGUUUCUUUCUAUUUUUAUUUAGUUCUAAACAAAAGGAAAACAAUAUCCAGCUCCAUCUCUGUAUGGACUCUGUACCAGAAAAAUGGAGCUGGAAACACUCCUUCCUCUACCUCUCUUUCAUCUACGCGAUUCUCUACUUGUUUCACAUCCAUAUCGCUCACAAGUUACUGUUGGGCAACGAACCUGUUCGCGUCAAGAGGAGCCCCGAUCUUCCUCUCCGAUUCCGACAUGACGGCACUUUCAAGAUCCUCCAGGUUGCUGAUAUGCAUUACGGGAAUGGAUUAAUGACUCGGUGUAGGGACGUGUUGGAGACCGAGUUCGAGCACUGCACGGAUCUAAACACAACACGGUUUCUUGAGAGGAUGAUUCGUGCUGAAAGGCCUGAUUUCAUAGCUUUCACUGGAGAUAAUAUAUUUGGGCCAAGCAGUGCUGAUGCUGCUGAAUCUCUGUUUGGAGCCUUUCGGCCAGCUAUAGAAUCGGGACUUCCAUGGGCGGCAGUAUUAGGAAACCAUGACCAAGAGUCUACGAUGACUCGUGAAGAGUUGAUGUCUUUCAUCUCCCUCAUGGAUUAUUCAGUUUCACAAACCUAUCCAUCAGCUGAAGAUUCCUUUUUUCACGCAAAAGGAAGCAUGGUGACAAACAUUGAUGGCUUUGGAAAUUACAAUAUUGAAGUUCAUGGUGCUCAAAGUUCCCAUUUGGCAAACAGCAGCAUUUUGAAUCUUUUCUUUCUUGACAGUGGAGACAGGGCGGUGGUUCAAGGAAUUCGAACAUAUGGGUGGAUUAAGGAAUCUCAACUUAAAUGGCUUGAAGGAGUUGCUCGUAGAUUUCAGGGACAAAAGCAGGAUAUUGAUCAAUCGGUUGAGGCAUCACCGCCAGCGCUGGUUUUCUUCCAUAUCCCAAUUCCAGAAAUUCGGCAGUUAUACUACCAAAAAAUUAUAGGCACUUAUCAGGAAGGUGUGGCUUGCUCAACAGUUAACUCAGGAGUUUUACAGACCUUUGCUUCCUUGGAAGAUGUAAAGGCUGUGUUCAUAGGCCAUGAUCAUAACAAUGACUUUUGUGGGAAUCUGGAUGGUAUAUGGUUUUGUUAUGGUGGGGGCUUUGGCUACCAUGCCUAUGGAAGGCCUGGGCUGCCGCGCAGAGCAAGAGUCAUUUUAGCAGAGCUUGAAAAGGGCGAGAAGUCAUGGAUGGGACUAAAGCAGAUCAAGACAUGGAAACGUCUUGAUGAUGAGAAUCUUAGCAAGAUUGAAGAACAAAUCUUGUGGGAGAUGCAAGGAAGGUGACUUUCUUUGCAGGUCAAAGGACGGAAAAUACAUGAACCAUUUUAUGAUGUAUCUUUUGGUUCAAUUACCACGAGAGAAUAACGUAGCCUGGAAAGGUAUGAAAAAUACUCUGUAUCUUAAAUUCUGGGAUUAUUAUGAUGCUUUCUUUUAUCAAAAUCCAUAUCAAAGACAUUGCAUCCUUUUUUACUUCAAAAUAAACACCCAAAUAUCAAUUCCACAAUUGGUUGUUGGAUGGCAAUGUGCCAAGUUUAGAGGAUGUUGAAGAGGAUGAUUUCUUCUUAAAAGAUGCAUCAUUGUAAAUGAGUUAUUAUUCAACUAUUUCACCACCGGCAUGGAAAUACUGAUGAAAUUACAAUAUUUAUAUGCCUCUGCCUAUGUUGGAUUUGGAAGAAUGUUUAUUUAUCUUAUUCUGUAUA